GUGUAUGCUAAAUGGCUAAAUGUAAAUUUGCAUUUCUAAUUUUUACACAUUCACAACCUCAUGAUACCCAUCAUACAUAAUCUUUAUGGAUCACAAGUACCACAUAUGAUUCUUAGUUUUGCUUUUAGUGUUUCGAUCAUGUUGAUGUACAUUGAACACAAGAUGUUGAUUUUGUGACCACAAUGUGGAGAUUUCCCCACCCAACAUGUUUGUAAUCUUCUGCUUUCCUCUGGCCACAUAAAAGCAAAAUCACACAGCAUCCUCUACCAAUACUGAAAACAUCAAAUGAAUAUCAGUAGAUCUCCUGGUCAACAGUAAAGCUGUCUAAGACUACACCAGAUGUGUCCGAAAUGCAGUUUAUAAUUUCAUUAAAAAUUUAAAAAAUAAAAAAGUUUCGGGAUGUUACUCUCUGAGCAACCUUCACACUUAGGCAAACAGGAUAUAUCAACAUCUCUCCAACAUAUAUAGGGGAACCUUCAGUAUACAAAACAACCAUUUGUGGUUUCUCAUGUGAAGCAUUAUCAUUAAAGAAGCUGCGAUGAAUGAUUCAAACAACUCCCUUCGUAUAGAGGACUUCAGUACAUUCUUCUAUGAAGAUUACAACUACACCGAUUACACAAACACGACCGACUUUGUUUUGGAUGAGAGCACCCUACUUUGUUCACCCAUCCCUAUAGCUGAUGCAGUCAACAUCUCAUUCUGCGUCAUCUACGUGAUCAUUUUUUUGGUGGCCGUUCCUGGGAAUCUGAUUGUGGGCUGUGUGAUCUGUUCAAACAGACGUUCACUUUCUUCUUCGGAUGUCUACUUAUUUAACCUGAUGUUUGCCGACACUCUAUUGGCUCUAAUCUUGCCUUUCUCUGCGGUAUCAGUACUGCACGGCUGGGUGUUUGGGGAUUUCAUAUGCAAGCUGGUUUCCCUGGUGAAAGAAAUAAACUUUUACACCAGCAUCUUGUUUUUGGUGUGCAUCAGUGUGGAUCGCUAUAUGGUCAUCGUGCGUGCUAUGGAAUCCCAGAAUGCUCAGCGGCGGCUGUGCAGCGGUGUCGCGUGUGCAGCGGUGUGGUUUUUUGGUGGGGUGCUUUCCUUGCCCUCGCUUUACAAUGAGGCCUAUUUUUCCAGAAAUGGCGAACAGACCGUAUGUGCCGAACGCUUUAAGGUGGACAGUGCCGACGAAUGGCGACUGGCCACGCGUAUCAUAAGGCACCUGCUCGGCUUUAUACUCCCUCUAGUGGUCAUGUUGACGUGCUACAGCGUCACAGUAGCACGGCUCUUGCGUACGCGGUGUUUCCAGAAACAGAGGGCCAUGAAGGUGAUAGUUGCCGUGGUCGUGGCUUUUCUCUUGUGCUGGACCCCUUUUCACGUUACCACGAUGGUCGACACGCUGUUGAGGGCCAAAGCCUUUCAAUUCACUUGCUUCACGCGGACCUCCGUGGAUCUUGCCGUGUUUGCUACACAAAACCUGGGUCUCGUGCACUGCUGUAUAAACCCGAUGCUUUACGCUUUUGUGGGAGAGAAAUUUCGAAGGCGACUUAUGCAAAUGCUUCAAAGGCAACAAGUUCUGGAUCGCUUUUCAAUCUCAAGAUCUAGCAGGUCUUCUUCUUUGGCAUCUGAAUUCACUUCUAACUUCCUGUGAGCUGCAGUUAUGCAAUGGACAUUAAUGUAUGUAAAUAAUUAAACAAACUGAUACCUAUCCUUGUCUGCUUGUAUUACUACGUUCUGUUGUAGUGGCUAUGUUGUGAUGCGAUGGCUCCCUCUAUUGUUCACAGUCAUCACAAUGCAGGGUGAUGUGAGUGUCAAGAGAUCAAAUUGGCUACUUGGCUGGCUUAGAUUUCAAAACAAUCUAUUACUUUCAUUAUUAUCAAAUUUGGGUUAAGAAUUAAAUAAUCAUAAAUCUCAGGUUUGAAUUGUUGUGUAACUCAAUGUGAACCAUCUGUGAAACAAACAUAAGUGAUGCUCCAAGUUGUGUGACUUGUUGAGGAGAGCUAACAAAUGCAUUGUUAAAUUAUUUUAAACUACUUUUAUUCUAAUUAUGUUUAUUUUUAAAAGACCUUUCAUAACUUUUCUAAAUAUUACUAUUCUAGCUUGAGAGGUACUUGUAAAUGUCAUAUAAAUGUAAUGUUUAAAUGUGUCUGGGUGCAGACUAUAGUG